AUGUUUACUAAAAUAUCAAAAAAGUCAUCAAAAAAGUUGCCGUCGAUUACGGUAACCGUCGGCGACAUUGUGGACGAAUUGUGGACCGAAAAUUGUCGACUACUCAAACAACUUGAAUUGGCCAACAAAUGGCUUCGGCUGUUUGCCGAUCUGACCGCUAGAUUGGAUGCACUGGAGUCGUCGGUUGCGGCUAAAAUGUUGGCCACUGAUGACCACUAUCAGCGAGUGAGACGCCAGUUGAGAGGUGUGUGCGCCGAACGGCACGAGUCGAUAGUGAAAGACCUGAAAGUCGUCGUCCGUACGUCCAAAGUGGUGGACGACAGUGGAUGUUGUUUUACCAAUGAGGUCAUCGACGACAACAGUGUCGGUGUCGUCGUCGUCGGCGGCAAAGUUGACAACAAAUCGGAUGACUUAACCGCCCGUAAAGACAAUACACAAGUGCUGAACGAAGUUUCUACCGAUGAUGACGACGACGACGGCGGCGGCGGUGACGACGACUAUCGACCACAAAGUGGUGGCGACGACGAGGACUCGGAUGAAGGCGACGACGACAACAACAACAACAACAACAACACCAAUGCUAUCGUUACCGACGAGUCGUUAUUGUCGUCGUCAUUGGCGAUGAAGAAGAAGACAAAAAGUGAAAGAACCGCCGCUGAAGACAUGGCGUACGUCCAGUGGAAGUCCAGUUACGGCUCGACCUAUGCUGAACGGCAAAAAUUUUGGGACAACGAAUUGGAUGGCUUUAUAUGUCCCGAAACCGAUUGCCGCAAACACUAUCCGAAUUAUCGGGCGUUCAGCGAACACUUAGCGCGCGUUCAUCCGUACAAAUUGUACGCUUGCGACCAAUCGGGUUGUGAAAUGAGAUUCAAACGUCUGAUUAGUCUGAAUCUACAUCGACAACGAAUUCAUAAGAUUAAGAGUCUAUCGAAAAAACAGUGGCAAACAUUUCAACGGAAGAGUGUUGUCUUUGUCGACAACAAUAUCGAAGUCAACGAUAAUAAUAGCCAACAAUUGAAGGAUGAAUUGGAAAAACAUUUUGAUUUCGGGUUCAACGCCUACGUGUGUCCGCACGAGUCGUGUGAGGGAACAAAAAACAACAGAUGUUAUCCAACGUAUCGGCAAUUCUACGAACACAUGACUCGUUCGCAUUCGACCGCGCGUUACACGUGCGACCAACCAGGCUGUCCACGAAUUUAUCGGCGACUGGAUUCGCUGCGUAGACAUCAGCGACGACACCUGUCGGGCGCUAUACUUAAGACUGGUAUGCCGUCGUCAACGGCGGUAAAGGAGAAGAAGAAAGAGUUUUCGGGUGGCGGAGAACGAGGUCCGAUAUGUCCGCUAAAUGUUGAACAACGGCGCGAAUGCUUUGAUGCCGACAAACGUGUCUAUCAGUGUCCGGAAUCGACGUUCGGCUGCGGCCGACCCUACGAUACAAUGCAUAAGUUUUACAAACAUUUAAUAACAGUUCAUCCGUUACUACACUUUCGGUGCGAUUACAGCGGAGGCGUAGCCGAUGCUAACAACAAACGGUGUAAUCGGUUAUUCAAAACCAGACGCGAAUAUCGCUAUCAUAUGGAAUGGCAUCAGUCGGGUGGUAUCAAUCAAUUCAAGUGUAAAAUAGACAACUGUCCACUAGUGUUUACCAGUACACCCAGAUUAUAUAAGCACCGGCAAGCCGAACACGGUAUGACCUACAAGUCGAUGCAACGAUACUUCUAUCCCCAACAGUGUACAUGGCCCGGAUGCGAUUAUGUCCAGAAAUAUCACGGUGAUCUUAACAAACAUAUGGGCGUUCAUGUGGAUGUACCGGCUAUUCAUCAGUGCGAUUGGCCCGGUUGUGAGCGGGCAUUUAAGCGACCCGAAAGUCUACGAAUACAUAAGCAAAUGCAUCAAAACGAACGACAGUAUCCGUGCCAUUGGCCAGAAUGUGAACAUCGGGCCAAUCAUAAGUCAGGACUGGCCAGUCAUAUACGUAAAGUGCAUACUAAACGCUAUAUAAAAAAAAUUUCUUCAUCUUCUGGUGGAUACAAUGCCAACAAUUCUUGAAUCGGACGGUCCAACCACUUGAAAACAUUUGUUAGCAAAUGAUCGUUGAGUAGUAUACAAAACAGACAAUGUCUUAGUGUUUCCAACUGUGGUCUUAACUCUUGAAGAAUAAUCG